AUGCCACUUGCUCAAGAAGAACUUGAGGAGAUUAAACAGGAUUAUCUUGAUUCACUACAAGAUUUAACUAUUAACUCCAGACCGUUGAUUCGAGACCUUACUAUGAUCGCACAAGAGACACUUUAUGCUGCACAGUAUAUUGUAAAAGCAAUUGAAGAGCAUAUAAAUCGGGCACCGCCUCCCCACAAAUUGCAUGCUCUUUAUCUUUUAGAUUCUAUAUGUAAAAACGUAGGAAGUCCAUAUACUAUUUAUUUUGGUCAUAACCUUUCGAAAAUAUUUAUUAAUACAUAUACUCUCAUGGAACCUCAUUUGCGUAUGAAAAUGGAAGAAUUAUUGCAAACAUGGAAACAACCAGUUCCUGGGACAAAUUCUCUUACACCAGUGUUCUCUCAAGAAAUUACUCGCAAAAUUGAUGGUCUUUUAAAUAAAAUCCGACAGUUGCGUCAACAUCAUGAUCAACGUAAAUUACUUGCUCCUAAAUCUAUAAUAUUGCCUUCUUUAUUACCACAAAAUGUUACCGAUCAUUCUUCUGGGGUAAUAAGUUUUGGAAAUAUUUCUAACAAUGCAAGUUAUAUGGGAAAUCAUCAUUCAUUGCAGGCUUUAGUUCCUAUAAUACCGAAUGUCACUGUGAAUUCUCUUUUGGUUGAUAUUUCUUCCCUUUUAACCGCUGCUCAAAAACGUGUUCUUUUAAACCCAAAUGAUGAAAUAUCUUUAAAGCAGAUUCCUGCACUUAUAAAAUUACAAUCGAUACUUCAGGUUUCAACAUUGCCUCCCAAUCAAUUAUCUGCUAUUAAAGAGCAAUUAUCAGCAUUAUCAUUGCAACAACAACAAAAUACAUCUCAAGCACCUCAUUAUUACCCGUUUCAAAUUCCAUAUAUUAAUUCAUCUGUAAACAUACCGUCAAAUAUGCAAUCUACAGACACUGAGACUUUGUUGGCUUCUUUAAGGAGUGCUGGUUUGCUUACGAAUGAUUCUACGAAUUCGACUAAUGAUGCAAAAUCUUAUAUUUCUAUCGAUCCUAGUACUCUUUCACUAUCUUCUUUUGCAAUACUAAAUAGUAGCUUGAACAAUAUUGAGCUUAAAUCGUCGUCCCUUGCAAAACAUCGCCCCGAGCUCAUUGUUUUGUUAUAUGAAUGCAUGAGUUUGCAAUGUCGUACAUGUGCUAAAAGAUUUGAAGAUACAGAUGAUGGUAGGAAAAGAAGAGAUGCACAUCUUGAUUGGCAUUUUCGUAUUAAUAAUAGACUGAGAGAGAUUUCAUUACGAGGUCAAAGCAGAUGUUGGUAUUUUGAUGAAGAAGAAUGGAUUAAAUAUACAUAUCAGGAUGUUUCUUCGAUAACUCCAGAAUCCUUGGAAAACAAUUCAGAAAAACCUAAAAAAGAAAAUGAAUUUAAUCCGGAUGAGUCAUAUGUUCUUGUGCCCACAGACCCUAAUGUGUUAAAUGAACCAUGUCCAAUAUGUAAAGAAAAGUUUGUGAGUGUAUGGAAUGAAGAUGUAGAAGAAUGGGUAUGGAAAAAUGCGAUUUCUAUAGAAAACGUUGUAUAUCAUGCACUCUGCUUAUCUGAAGCAAGCGUAGCCAGUCAAUCGCUUUUAAGGGAAAAUCCAUUAGAAUCAACUGUUGAAAAUGAAAAAUCAGCAAAUACUGUACUGGGAAAAAGAAAGACAAUAGGUGAAUAA